ACGCGUCGGCCCGCCCACAAUCUUGAAAUCAGUCGCAUUCCGCAUAGAGCUACUACAUAGCCCUUGAUUGCGACCUGAUAUACUGUCGUCCCGCAUUACCAACCCUUGCAUACCAGAAGCCACUGCACGCGCAUUCACAAUGGGCAAAGACAAGGAAGAGAAGAGAGUGAAGGAUAAGAAGGAGAAGAAGGAGAAGAAGGAGAAGCGCUCCGAGGUUGACGGCGUCAAGAAGUCCAAGAAGGAGAAGAAGUCGAAGCUCAAUGGCGAUGUCGCAGAGACCUUGGAGAUGGAGCUCGACAAGGAUCCUGAGGAGAGCAUGGUAAAGGUCGUGGAUGCGGAUGGCGAGGUUGCGCCCCGGGACAUUCCCGCGAGCGCAUUGGUGCCCAUUGCGGAGCCUCUCCUCGAGGAGACCAAGGACGUCAAGAAGGUGCUCAAGACGGUCAAGAAGUCUGCUAAGACCAAGACUCUCCGCCGCGGCGUUAAGGAAGUCGUCAAGUUCCUCCGCAAGUCGUCCUCCAACGCACCCCCCUCGUCCGACAUCUCCAACCCCUCUGCCAUCGUCGUCAUUGCUGCCGACAUCUCGCCCAUGGAUGUCAUCUCCCACAUCCCCGUCCUCUGCGAAGACCACAACGUGCCAUACCUCUUUGUCAAGAGCCGCGCAGAGCUCGGCGAAGCAAGUGCAACGAAGCGCCCUACCAGUGUCGUGCUCGUAGGCCGGGAGCGAGUAAGCAAGAAGAAGGACAUCAGCGACGAUGACAAGGCCGAGUGGGACGAGGCAUAUGGCACGCUCCGGGACAUUGUCAUCAAGGCAAGCAAGACGGUGAGAAAAUAGGCGGUUAGGACUGAGGCUCCGUUCUGUGAAAAAUGACGGCGGGCGUUUGGCGUUGAUCGGCCUAAGGGCUUUUUCGGUACGAGGUUUUUAUUUCUCGACGGCAUUGUACGAAAGCUUCAAUCUCGCACGCGACCCUUUUGAGUCGCCAUAGCGUUGCGACAGUUAGGAUUGUCUAGAUAAAGCAGCUUACUUACGAACGUAACCGAAUGCUCCAGAGGUUCACACAUACAAUUGAAGGUACAAAUUUCGUCGUAUGAU